AUGGAAGUGGUCUCCACAUCAGUUGGCAACUUUACUAUUGAUCUUUUCAACAAGCUGAAUGAGAAGAACAAGGGAAAAAACAUUUUCUUCUCCCCUUGGAGCAUAUCAGCUGCUCUGGCUCUGACAUACCUGGGAGCAAAAGGAACUACAGCAACUGAGAUGGCAGAGGUCCUUCAUUUCACCGUGGGAGCAGGAGCUGAAGCUGCUUCUUCUGUGGCCAGACCUUCUCGGGGGAGACCAAAGAGAAGAAAAUCGGAUCCUGAGAACAAGCAAACUGCAGAUAUUCAUUCUAGCUUCAAGAAGCUCCUGACUGCCAUCAACAAACCCAGAAGCACCUACUCCCUGAAAAGUGCCAACCGCAUUUACGUGGAAAAAACCUUCCUAUUAUUGCCAACAUACAUACAGCUCAGUAAGAGCUACUAUGAAGCAGAGCCACAGAAGGUUAACUUUAAAACAGCACCAGAACAGACAGGAAAGGAAAUCAACACUUGGAUUGAAAAACAAACUGAGGGCAAAAUCAAGAAUUUGCUGGGUCCACGAGAUGUGACAAACUCCACCAAGCUGAUCCUGAUAAAUGCCAUUUACUUCAAGGCAGAAUGGGAAGCAAAAUUUAAGGCAGAAGAUACAGAACUGCAACCCUUCCGACUGAGCAAGAACAAGACCAAGCCUGUAAAGAUGAUGUACAUGAGAAAAACAUUUCCAGUCCUCAUCAUGGAAGCAAUGAAUUUCAAAAUGAUUGAGUUGCCAUAUGUGAAACGUGAACUCAGUAUGUUCAUCCUCCUUCCUGAUGACAUCAAAGACAACACUACGGGUCUCGAACAGCUGGAAAGAGAACUAACAUAUGAGAAGCUGUCCGAAUGGACUGACUCCAAGAAGAUAACCGAGACUCUUGUGGACCUGUACCUACCUAAAUUCGAAAUGGAAGAGAGAUAUGACCUCAGUGAUAAUCUGAUCAGGAUGGGAAUGCGCAGUGCCUUCAGCAGCAAUGCAGAUUUCAGUGGAAUGACAGAGAAGGAUAGAGUGAUGAUCUCCAAGGUUUUCCACAAGUCUUUUGUUGCAGUUGAUGAGAAGGGCACUGAGGCAGCUGCUGCUACUGCUGUCCUUGUAGAACUAACAAGUGCACAUGAUAGCUAUGUUCUGAAAUUUAGGGUUGACCACCCUUUCUACUUCUUCAUCAGACACAACAAGUCCAAGAGCAUCCUUUUUUUUGGUAGAUUCUGCUCUCCUUUAGAAUGAAUAAUUACUUGCUCUCAGACAGCAACCAAGGUUCACUGUUCAAUGGAAAAAAUGUGAACUGUGGUGCUAAAAUCUCAACCUUAAGCCAUGUAGCCACCUGUACUGAAGUGCUUGUUCUUUUCCUUCCAACCAACCUCCCUCAAAGAAGGCAGCAAACAGAAACUAUCCUGAGCCACCAAAGAACAGCCCUCUACUGUUUCCUUCUAUUGUCCUAAUGAGACAGUCCUAAACAGAAAAGAAAGCACAGAAUUUUGCUCCUUUUUAUCAAACCUGCUCUUCUGGCUUUGUUGUUUAAAAGUAAGUGGAGUCAUAAAAGCUCUCUGCACACAGCCCUAUGUCAAAUGCUGAC